CCCACCCGUCUCUCCCAUACCGGAAGCUGGACUACCGAGCAGCUAGCUGUCAACAAAGGGCAAAGAAAAAAAAACGGCACCAAAUCCCAGACAUCCAUGUAGAGGUCCGCUGCCUCCGGGCUCCUUCUCCUGAAGUUUAUCCGCUGCGCCGCCGGCUGAAGGCGGAACAUGGCGACGACGGCUCAGCUGUUCGAGGAGCCCUUUGAUGCAGAUGAGUACAUCGAGAGGCUGGCGUGGAGGACUCCUGGAGGAGGCUCUAAAGGAGGAGCUGAGGCGUUUGACCCCAAAAGGCUGCUGGAGGAGUUUGAGAACCACAUUGAGGAGCUGAAGCAGCUGGACGAGAAGAUCCAGCGGAAAGUGGAGAAGCUGGAGCAUCAGUGUCACCGUGAGGCCAAGGAAUUCGCCCACAAAGUGCAAGACCUGCAGAGGAGCAACCAGGUGGCCUUUCAGCAUUUCCAGGAGCUCGAUGAGCACAUUAGCUACGUGGCCACCAAGGUUUGUCACCUCGGCGACCAGCUGGAGGGGGUGAACACGCCUCGCCAGAGGGCCGUGGAAGCGCAGCGCCUCAUGACCUACUUCAACGAAUUCCUGGACGGAGACCUGCGCAGCGACGUGUUCAACAACCCCGACAAGAUUAAAGAGGCUGCUGAUAUCAUUCAGAAGCUUCAUCUCAUUGCCCAAGAGCUGCCAUUCGACAGAUUUGCAGACGUGAAGGCAAAAAUCGCAAGUAAAUACCACGACCUGGAGAGACAGUUAAUCCAGGAGUUCACGGCAGCUCAGCGCAGAGGAGAGAUCGGGCGGAUGCGGGAGGUUGCAGCGGUUCUUCUACAUUUCAAGGGCUACGCACACUGCGUGGACGUCUACAUCAAGCAGUGUCAGGAAGGCGCCUACCUGAGGAACGAUGUGUUCGAGGACACGGCCGUCCUCUGCCAGAGGGUCAACAAACAGGUGGGCGAGGUGUUCAGCAGUCCGGAGACGGUCAUGGCCAAACUCAUCCAGAACAUCUUCGAGAACAAGCUGCAGGCUCACGUUCGGGAAAAACUGGACGAGACGCGACACUCGGACGUGGAGCAGUACCUAAAGAACCUCUAUGACCUUUACACCAGGACGACGGCGUUAGCCGCGAAGCUGACGGAGUUCAACCUGGGCUCGGACAAGCACACCUUCCUCUCCAAGCUGAUCAAGAGCAUCUUCUGUGCGUACUUGGAGAGCUACAUCGACAUGGAGCUGGAGUACCUCCGCAAUCGAGGGGCCAUGAUCCUGCAGCGAUACUACGUCUCCAAGAACCACCAGAAGCGGCCGAUCGGCACCGGCAGCAUUCAGGAGCUGAAGGAGCGGAUCAGGCUGCGCACCAACCUCCCUCUGGGCCCCAUCAUCGACACCCACGGGGAAACCUUCCUGUCCCCGGAGCUGGUGGUCAACCUGCUGCAGGAGACGCGCCACGCCUUCGAGAGGUGCCACAGGCUUUCAGAUCCUUCUGAUCUGCCCAAAAACGCCUUCUCCAUUUUCCUGCUGCUGGUGGACCAUUUGUGUGUGGAACACAUCGACUACGCCCUGGAGAUCGGCCUCUCAGCAAUCCCCUCAUCCGACGCCAAGAAUGCCAACCUGUACUUCCUGGAUGUGGUUCAGCAAGCGAACUCCAUCUUCCAUCUGUUCGACAAGCAGUUCAACGACCAGCUCAUGCCUUUGAUAAGCUCAUCUCCAAAGUUAGCCGAGUGCCUGCACAAGAAGAAGGAGGUGAUCGAGCAGAUGGAAGUUAAACUGGACACGGGGAUCGACAGAACACUGAACUGCAUGGUGGGUCAGAUGAAGCACAUCCUGGCGACGGAGCAGAGGAAGACGGACUUCAAGCCCGAGGAUGAGAACAACGUCAUGAUCCAGUACACUGCGGCCUGCUCCAAAGUGUGCGCCUACGUCAGUCGGCAGGUGGAGCACGUGCGGAAGUCCAUGGACGGGAAGAACGUGGACACGGUGCUGACGGAGCUGGGAGUGCGUUUCCACCGGCUCAUCCACGAGCACCUCCAGCAGUACAGCUACAGCUCCAUGGGGGGCAUGCUGGCCAUCUGCGACGUGGCCGAAUACCGACGAUGCGCCAAGGACUUCAGGGUGCCUCUGGUGCUGCAGCUCUUCGACACCCUCCACGCGCUCUGCAACCUCCUGGUGGUGGCGCCCGACAACCUGAAGCAGGUGUGCUCGGGCGAGCAGCUCACCAACCUGGACCGGAACCUGCUGCACGGCUUCGUCCAGCUCAGGGUGGACUACCGCUCGGCCCGGCUGGGCAGACACUUCAGUUAAUGACUGACCCCGCGGCCCCGCGCGCUCCGUCCACUAAAUUAUGCUCCGAUGAGACGAUGCACCUUUCAGAUACGUUUCCACUUCAGAGAAGGCAUCAGUCCGGCCGCGGCGAACUGACUCUACCACGGCGCUGCGCGCAUCAAGGACACAACGGCUGCUGCUUCUCGAAUUUGGGAAAAUGUGCAUUUUAUCUUUUUUUUUUUUUUUUUUCCCAUUGUUUAUUCCUCCAAGCUGAAGAAUCGUGUCUAAUGACUUCGGAUUUCAUUUGUUUUUAAAUAUUAAUCCAUCCUAAAUCUAUGUGGCAAAGAUAUCUGACAUAUUAAAAUGGAAUGAUCUACACUGA